AGCAAUACGUAAAUUUUUAUCUUUGAUUAUGUUUUGUCUAGUUUUGUGGCAGUGACAAUAGACUAUAAUUGGAAUCGUAUGUUUUGUUGAUGAUGAUGAUGAUGUACUGUAGAAAUCCAUGGCGAUGGGUGACUGGAGAUGAGAUGAAGGAGUAAUAUACGAAACACCUGCGAUAUGUUGAUCCUUACGCCAGAUACGCUGUAAUUAUCGUGCUGUGAUUUUCCUGCAACAGCAAUGUGACCGAUUCUUAGUGCUUCCUACUCAUUUCUCUUGUAGUUUACAAAUUUCCAAUGCAAAUUCACUUUUUUCCAUAAUUACAAUGGGUUACCGUUCAUUGGUAACAUUAUUUUGGAGCACGAUAUUUGGAUUGUAUUUAAACUACGGUGACGUGGCUUGGUGUAUGAGUUGGGAAGAAAAGAAUCAGCUGAAGGACCAAGCGAGAGAAAUGUUUUACCAUGCGUACCAGGCUUACAUGGAUCAUGCAUAUCCAGCAGAUGAACUUAUGCCUCUGAGUUGCAAGGGCAGGUAUCGUGAUAUUGAACCAAAUCGGGGUGAUGUGGAUGAUGCUUUGGGAAACUUCUCUUUAACUUUGGUUGAUACCUUGGAUACAUUGGUGGUAUUAGGGGAUUUUGAUGAGUUUGAACGAGCUGUUAAGAGGGUGAUCAAAGAUGUAUCUUUUGACAAUGAUGUUGUAGUUUCAGUUUUUGAAACUAACAUUAGAAUGUUGGGUGGAUUAUUGAGUGGGCAUAUACUUAGUUCAUAUCUUCAAGAGCAUCUAAAUCGAAUGCCUUGGUAUAGAGGAGAACUGUUGAGCAUGGCUCGUGAUCUUGGGUUUAGGCUGAUUCCUGCCUUCAAUACCUCCACUGGUGUGCCUCAUCCUAGAAUCAAUCUUCGAUAUGGUUUAAAAUCUCCAAAGCUUGGUGUUGUCAGAGAAACAUGUACUGCUUGUGCUGGCACGAUGAUUUUAGAAUUUGCUGCUCUUAGUCGUUUGACUGGUGAAACAAUUUUCGAGGAAAAGGCCAGAGCUGCUAUGGAUUAUUUAUGGCAACAAAGGCAUCGGACUAGCGAUUUAAUGGGAACUGUACUCAAUAUACAUAAUGGAGACUGGAUACGAAGAGAUAGUGGUGUUGGAGCGGGUAUCGAUUCAUAUUAUGAAUAUUGUUUGAAAGCUUACAUUCUUUUAGGAGAUGAUGUAUACUUAGAACGAUUUAACAAGCAUUAUUCAGCUGUGAUGAAAUAUGUAAGUCAAGGUCCUCUACUUGUUGAUGUGCACAUGCAUAGGCCACAUACAAAUUCUCGCAAUUUUAUGGAUUCCUUACUAGCAUUUUGGCCUGGAUUGCAG